CUGCUUUCGUGCGCUGCGAAUAAUAGAAGGUCUCCCAGACAUUUUGCAUGGUUAACAGGACGGGAUUCUCUGGAAAAUGUCGUGGCUGCGUAUCUGGAACGAGAAUAUAAAAAAGCGACUGUGUCGUUACCUGCUGCAGCGAUAUCUCGGCCAGUUCCUCGAGGAAAAACUGACCCUCGACCAGCUCACGAUUGAUCUCUACAAUGGCAAGUGCAUUGUCAAUGACGUCAGCCUUGAUGUCCAGGCAUUAAAUGAGCUGUCAACACAACAAAAACUGCCCUUCUGGUUUGUCGAGGGUAGCUUGGCGCAAGUUUGUGUCUCCGUGCCGUGGACAUCGCUCCUCUCCGACUCAAGCUAUGUGGAAAUUUGUGGGCUCAGCAUCACCGUUCGGCCAAAGCACAGAGUUGAUACAGGUGCUUCAAUGCUGGAGUCGAUGUGGAACAGCUUUAGCAGCAGCAUGCAACUGGCCGAGGACUGCCUCAAGCAGGAUAUGGAGCAGGACGCCACUCCUAUGGAAGGACUCGAGAAAUUCGCACAAAUGAUCGAGAGCAUUUUGAGCAGGAUAAAAGUGAAGUUUCAGGACUUGACGCUUCGUCUUGAACACGUGCCAAAGGACAGUAGAACUGGAGUGGCUGCUGAAGUGCAUAUUAAAGAACUGACGUACUUGGACGAGGCGGGCCUUGACGCACCGGUGAGCCCUGAUGAAUGUGACAAACAGCAGAACUCGGCCUACAGCAUUAAAAAGUUCUCCCUGGAGGGAAUUUCGCUGUACACAGACGAAUUUUACUUACCAAGCAUGGAAACCUCUGUGUGGCAGUACCAAGACGGAGUCGAGCACAACCUAAUUCUCGCCGCCACACUGUCCGCUCGUCAGGACAUCCGACUGAAAGUGAAGUCGUCGGAAAACAUUUCUGGCGCCAAAGUGUCUCUGGAAGUGCUGCUGGGUUCCCUAAAUUGCUUUCUGUCGCCAAGGCAGUUUCAAGCAAUGCAGGAGCUGAUCAGCGGCCUCCUCAGUCCCGGCGACGACCAGGACAAGCCGGCAAUGACCCGUCAGAAGCCCAUGGUUGCUCAGGACUUCCAACUUGUGGAGCAGCGUCUCCAGGAAAUCCUGUCUAACGAAACGCAGGCGGGCCCUUCAGGAAAGUUACAAGCUAAGCAAGGCUGGUCUAUGGCAGAAGACAGCGAUGAGGAAGAAGAGUUCUACGCAAUGGCCAAGUCGAAGAUGAAGGCGAGCAUGGGAGCGAGCAGUUGUGGCACCUCCAGCGAGUUUGGAGACAGCAUGGUCAGCUCUUCCAUGACAGCCUCUUCCUCGAGUGUGAGCCCCUUCACACACAAGUGUUUGGCUGCAUCUGGCCUUCCGGAACUGGGCAAAAAGAAGUCCCACCAUUACGUGAUGGAAGAGGAACCAGGAAGUGCUGAUCUAACCUCAUUUUCCAUCAGGAUCAGUUCUGUGUCUCUAAUUGUCCUUCAGGAGGACAUUUUGGUGGCAUCGUCCUUGCCAACUUCACAGAGCUUGAGACAGAUAACUGCUUCCUCAAAGCAGCAGAUGAUCGAUCUUGCGAACGCAUUUUUCAAGCGCAUCGAUGCCGCCAUGAGCGAUGGUUUUGGCGUGAAAGACUUCCAAGCUGCCCAAAAGGUCCUACGAGAAGCAACUAAACCAAAUCACCUGAGGCUCUUGGCUGCGCCAAUAACAAUCGAGGGGACGGACAAAUUAAUGGUUGGCGGAUCGCAAACUGAAGGCCGUCUCACAGCAGCGAGAUUUGAAAUCGUUGAAUUGCUCAACGACCAGCCAGGACAAGACUCUGACCUGUUGGUGUUCCAAGACAGCAAGGCCUUCAGCUCCUAUCCGGACGUCCAAAUCUCGUUCAACCACAGAAUCAAAACCAACAGAGGAACUUCCUGCCCAAGAACAGAGAUCAAAUUUGAACUGCAGUCCUGUGUAAUUGAAGUCGACCUCAGUCUGGUUGAUAGAAUUUCAAGCAUUACAAACCCUAUGCACACGAUUUGCCACUACAGCAAGAAGCGGCAGUCGCCUUUAAACAACCCAAUCAAAGUCUAUGAGGCUGUUCAGUCCGGUAUUUCUCCAGAUAGCAGACUCGACAUCAGUAUCAAGUUCCCCAAGGAAGUGUCGAUCAAAUUAAGAUUUCCGUGUCCUGAUUUGCGUCCGUUAAGUGACAUGGAGAGAGUGCCUUGGUGGCAGCGAAACGUUCGGGACGAGUGGCUGCUGAUCUGCCUCAACGAUGCUGAAUUUAAAUCGACCAUCAACAGCCGAGAUCCGAUUUCGAAAUACGAAGUUCUUUGCACUGACCUGCAAGUCAUAUUCCAGGAUGGAACUGCUGAAAACGAUAUACCUGUUUUGGUUUGUGAUAAGGAAGAAGCGGCACAGUCGCUGCCAAACAAUGGCAGGGGCUUCGGGUUGAUCAGACUGGUAGUUAUCGUAACGCCAACCAACAGCCAACUCUCUGAAAUAAAUCAGACCAAUGACGAAUCCUCUGAGGAGAGUAUGGAUCCGUUGGGCUCAUUUUCAUUUGAAAAACAAACCCGGAGAAAGGAUCCCAGCCCAUUCAGCUCAGUCAAAGUCGUUUAUGAAAGUGACACACGCCAUGUUGAUGUUGAUGAAACUUACGAAGUGGUGAAACCAGGAGACAAAAAGGAAAUCAACGACUUCAUAGAGUACGCGACAAAACAGAGCAAGCUUCACAUAGAUUUGAUUCUGCCAAAUGCAGCUCUUACAAUUCCGUCAAAACACUUUUAUGAACUGCUCUACAACAGAAUCACAACCGACUUCAUGCUAUGGGAGCCAUCACGACCGUCAAAUGCUGCGCCCUCACCUGAUUUGAUGUCCAAUACGUCCAUCUACAUGACAGCGUUCAGCAUGUGCAAAUCAGGACUUCACUUGGAGCCUGAUUCAGAAUCUUCAGAUUCAGAAGAUUAUUACUGUUCUGUGCACGAGAACCGGCAGAGGGCACUAAAUCUGAAAAAACCGAGAGUGCCUCUCGGCCAGAGCAAGGUCACAAUCAGCCUUAAAAUCAACGAAGGAACCAUCUCAUUGAGUGCACCUGCCAGAGAUGCAGCAAAUUGCGUAAUACCAAAUCAAAAAGGUGAGCUGAAGCUGGUGAUUGGCGAGGGCUCCCUUUUUGUAGCGUCCGAGUGCCGAGGCGACCCCGACCUGAGCUACAUCUGUAUCCAGGCAAACCAAGCUGCCCUGCAUCAUGCCGGCUUAGUUUCGGUGGAUAUUGGAUGCGCCUCUCUUUUACCAACAAUCAUUCAAACCGUUCCUGGAGUGAAUAUGAAGCCGCUAGAAAAGGUCGGAUGUGGCGGAGAAAGUCUCGACAUGCUUUGCGUCGCUAUCAAAAUUCACAUGAAGCAGCCUGGUGCCCUGAAGAUGAUCAAAGUAGCCACUGGUGUUCGUGGCGCCACCUUGCACCACAGGGUUGUGCCGGGCCCCCAGAGCUGGUUGUCCCAAAUGAUUGACAUGCUGGACGUAAUCGACUACCCUGUGCCUGGCUACCUGCCUCCCAGGGUCAUCACAGAGCUGCACCUGCACCUGUGGAACUGCGCCGUCGACUACCGGCCACUUUACUUGCCCAUGCGUUGCAUGGUCACGAUGGACAGCUUCUCUGUGUCGAGCAACCUGGCUGCCAAAACGAGGUCUUCGUCGUUGAGAUUUGUGGCCGAAAAAGGGUCUCUCUUCAUCAGCGACAAGGUGCCAUCAACGAGAAUUCCAGAAUUGGCCAAGGACUAUGUGUCAGUCCUUACUCUCGGCUGUUUUGAGUUGUCACUGCGACUCAGCGAUGACUCACGAGCACCAAAGGUUGAUUUGAGGGCCUCAAGCAAAUCGGUUCAUUUGCGGACCUGCGCUGACUCGUGUCGGGCCCUGGCUGAGGUGCUUUCGUAUUUUGCCAGUGACGGCGAUCUAAUUCAGCCCACGAACGCGUCAAGUAGAUCCACUACUCCACUUCAGAGUGACAGAGGCUCUCAAACCUCUCUGUCGACGCAAGCGGACCAAGUGAACACCCUGAUGGAGGAGGCGAUGCAGGACAAUCACGCUGACGAGCUCCAGUUGAAGGAGGAUGAAGCGAAAUCAGAAAAUGCAGCUUGGGACAAUUUUGGAGCGACUGAGGAAUAUAACGUGGAAUACAGCCGACUGCCUAGUGACGAAGAAGAUUUCUGCAUUUUAGGAGAAGACCCAGGCACUGGAAUCAUUCCUCAGCACGGCGAACCGGAAAUCAGGAAGCUCUGCGUCGGUCCGAUUAAAAUAGUGGAGAACCAUUUCGGAGUACCCCUGCGUAGAAUGGACCUGCUGGAGACACCAAAGAAUUUCCCCAGUCCUGAACUCCGCUAUACAAUUUGUGACUUAUCUUUAGUCUGGCACUUGUACGGCGGCUGCGACUUCCAACCUACCGAGAAGAAGUCUGUACGCGUGAAAGGAGAAACCUCUACAGCUACAAGUUCGCCAAUCAGAAGUUCUGGAGUAUCAACCUCAAUAAGCUUCUCGAAAUCAUCUCCAAGCGAGGUGAUGUUCAAUACCACGAAGCCAAAGCCAAAUCUAGCUCGCACAGACUGGCAAGAACGUGGGGGACCCGGCCGAGACCACAACGUCUUAAUGGAAUUCCAAUUCAACAAAGUCCGCUUCAGGCACGAAGUCUACCCUGAAAACGAGUCUGUUGCGUCCAGGCAAGUCUUCCUAGUUCAAAGCCUGGAGGCGCGUGACCGUCUGGCGUCAUCUGCCAUCAACAAGUUUAUGUACCUGUACAGUAGCGAGUCACAACCCAAACAGGCACACGCUAACAUGGUCGUGGUGAAGGCUGUCAACUUACGGCCAGACGUCAGUCUGCCGUAUCAGCAGGAGUGCUGCCUGAAAGUGUCUCUGCAGCCUCUGCGCUUCAACAUUGACCAAGAUUCGCUGCUGUUUCUGUGUUCGUACUUCAACGACCUGGCCACGGUGACACCCUCGCAGAGCAGCGAGGACAUCAGUUCGAUUCCGCAGGCACCGGUGAUGCUGGUCAACUGUCCCGCCUCACCCACCAAGGUGGUCACAGAGGAAUUGCCUCUUGUCCCAGAAAUGGAGAACGAUGACUCUAAAGGCUCACAAACCAUCUUCUUCAGGACUCUGCUUUUCUCUCCUGAUGUGCCAAUCAGGAUUGACUACCAGGGAAAACGAGUGGAUAUGAGCCAUGGACCGCUUGCAGGAAUUUUGAUGGGCCUGGCUCAACUCAACUGCUCUGAAGUGACGUUGAAACGAAUCAGCUACAGAUACGGACUGCUUGGCGUGGAUAAACUGCUUUCUCACAUGAUGAACGAGUGGCUGACCGACAUCAAGAAAAACCAACUGCCGAGCGUCCUUGGGGGCGUCGGACCAAUGCAUUCGAUAAUGCAACUUUUCCAGGGAAUCAGAGACCUGGUUCUACUACCGAUGGAGCAGUAUCAAAGAGACGGCAGGAUUGUGAGAGGCCUACAGCGUGGGGCCCACAGUUUCACUUCGAGUACCGCCAUUGCCGCGUUGGAGCUCACAAAUAGACUUGUCAAUGCUGUCCAGAUCACUGCCGAGACUGCCUACGACAUGCUGUCUCCGGGCCCCAGCAUGAGACAGAGGAGGAUGCUGUACGGAACGGACAGGAUGAGGAGGAGGGACCGACACGCACCACCUGCGGACAUCAGGGAGGGCGUCUCGAAUGCGAUCAUGCUCGUCCAAGAGGGUUUGGGUGACACCGCACGCAACUUUGUCGCCGUGGCAAGCGCAGAGCAUGAGGAGAAGGGCGUGUACGGUGCCGUCGGUGGUGUCCUGCGCCAAAUCCCACCAACGGUGAUGACGCCCGUGAUCAUCGCGUCUGAAGCGACCGCCUCUGUGCUGGGUGGCAUAAAGAGCCAACUUGCGCCGGAUGCGAGGCGGGAAGCGCAAGACAAGUGGAGAAAGGGCGAAAAGUGAUAACUAGAUACUCAGAUCGAUUAUAUAGCUGAAGGUGUUUUCUCCAUUCGCAAAUAGCAAUAUAUAAUAUAUAUAUUUUCUUUUACUAUCCUUGGUAUAGUUUCACUAUGCGAUGUUGUGUUGGACUAUGCAUUUUCGAUGUUUUUAUCUCAAUAAAAAAUGUUCCACUCUCCGCAAUCUGAAUGAAACAA